AUGUUUUUACAACGCACACCACCGAAUGUGUUUUCAUCGGACGGUGAUAUUCCUGCAUCGGUAAAGAAGAUUAGCGGCGAAAGUUUUAUAACUACCCGUAAACGUAAACAAAUGGAAAAUGAUAAAAUUGAUACAAAUAUGAUUAAAUUUGAAGAAAAAUUUGAUAAUCAAAUGCUAAUAUGGAAUAAAACCUUAGCGAUUGCAUCGCAAAUAGCAUUGCUUACUUACUUACUUACUUACUUAUCUUCACGCACAAUCCCUGACGGGCAAGCAAGACAGUGCAAUGUCGAAAUAGUUAAUAUCCCCGACAGGCGAGGUGAGAAUCUAAACAGCAUAAUUGAGUGUUUGGGUGAUGCUAUUAAGCAUCCCUUACAAUCAUCCGACAUAAUAGCCGUUCAUCGUGUACCUCAUGCUGACAAAAAUGAUCGACGUCCGAAGAAUGUUAUAGUAAAGUUCGCAAACAGGACACUGCGUGACAAUGUGAUUACUACCUGCCGUGCUACGAAAGGGUUGAAUUCGACAUCAUUGUCCGUACCUGGCCGGCCUGCCACCGUUUACGUUAACGAGCAUUUAACGUUGAAUAACAAAUUGUUGUUUCGUCAGUGCCGGGAGGCUGCUAAGAAAAACGAGUAUAAAUAUGUUUGGGUUAAACAUGGCACCGUUCUGGCUCGCAAUACGGAUACUUCACCCGCUAUCGUAAUCAGAUCCCUCCAGGACAUCGCACGAAUCAAAUGA